AUAUUCAUAAUUUCAAAUUAAGUCUUAGCUCUCUCAUUUUAUUCAUUACAAAAAAAAAAAAAAAAAACGAAUUUGUCACGUACGUACGUACGACAUAUAGUUACUGUGUGGUUAAUUUGCUAUUGUUCUUAAUUUCUCCCAUAUAUAUUUGGUGUGUUUAGUUCUUGUGAGAUCUCAUGGCUGACAGUUCAGUUUACCAUCAAGCACCUAAGACCGAAGAGUACUGUGAAACCGUCAAAGUCGUCGAGGUGGUGAUCUUGCCCGAAAACGAUUGCAAAAACUCAGAGUAUGCUCAUGAAGAGAAGAAACAUGAGUUGAAGGAAAAGAUUGAAGAGGAGAAGGAAAAGUUAGAUGAUAAGAUCGAAGAGGAGAAGGAGAAAGUUGCAGAAAAGGUACAUGAGGCUAAGCACAAAAUAGACAAGCUUGAGGAGCAUGUCGAACGCAAGGUGGAAGAGGAUAAAGUGAAAAUCGAGGAAAAGAUAGAAGAACUUAAAGAGAAAAUUGAAGAAAAGAUGGAAGAGGCCAAGUACAAGAAAGAAGAACUCAAGAAAGAGAUUGAGUGUGAAGUAGAAGAGGCAAAAGAGGAAAUCAAAGAAAAAGAAUAUGAGGCCAACUACAAACAUGAAGAGCACAAGGAAAAACUCAAGGAAGAACUACACGAGGCCAAACACAAAAUUGAAGAACUUAAAAAGGAGGUCGAAUGUGAAGUAGAGGAGGAUAAAGAAAAGAUAAAAGAGAAAAUCGAAGAGCUUGAAGAAAAAAUAGAGUAUAAAGUAGAUGAGGUCAAGUACAAAAAGGAGAAACUCGAGGAAAAGAUUGAGUGUGAAGUGGAAGAGGCCAAGGAGGAAAUCAAAGAAAAGGAAUAUGAGAACAAAUACAAACACGAAGAGCACAAAGAAAAACUUAAAGAAGAAGCAGAGGAAGUGAAGUACAAUAUAGAAGAGUUCAAGGAGAACGUUGAGUGUAAAACUGAACAGGUUAAAGAAAAAGUCGAUGAGAAAAUAGAAGAACUCAAGGAAAAGAUUGAGUGUGAAGUAGAAGAAGCCAAAGAAGAAAUCAAGGAAAAGGAAUACGAGGUCAAAUACAAAAACGAAGAGCAUAAGGAAAAAAUCAAGGAAGAAGUAGAAGAGAUCAAGUACAAAUUAGAGGACUUCAAAGAAAAUGUCGAGUGUAAAGUGGAAGAAGAUAAAGAGAAGCUAGUGGAAAAAAUCGAAGAAAUCAAAGAAAAAUUUGAAGAAAAAGUGGAUGAGGGUAAGUACAAAGAAGAGGAGUUGAAAGAAAAAGUUGAAUGUGAAGUAGAAGAAGUGAAAGAAAAAAUCAAGGAUUUUGAGUAUGAGGUUAAGCACAAAAUUGAAGAGCACAAAGAAAAUAUCAAGGAUGAAGUGGAUGAGGCUAAACUCAAACUAGAAGAACUCAAGGAGAAGGUCGAGUGUAAAGUAGAAGUCGAGAAAGAGAAAGUUGAUGAGAAAAUAGAAGAAUUGGAAGAAAAAAUGGAGUAUAAAGUAGAGGAGCGAAAGUACAAAAAUGAAGAACUUAAGGAAAAGAUCGAGUGUGAGUUGGAAGAAGCUAAAGAAGAUAUAAAAGAAAAAGAAUACGAAGCCAAAUAUAAACAUGAAGAGCACAAGGAAAAACUUCAUGAAAAAAUUGAGGAGGCUAAGUACGAAGUAGAAGAACUUAAAGAGAAAGUCGAAUGUAAAGUGGACGAGAUUAAGGAGAAAGUUGAGGAGAAAGUAGAAGAACUCAAAAAAGAAGUAGAGUGUAAAGAAGAAGAGGUCAAGGAGAAAAUCAAAGAAAGAGAAUAUAAAGAGGAAUACAAAAAGGAGGAACUUAAGGAAAAACUUAAGGAUGAUAUAGAGGAGGCCAAGUACAAAAUAGAAGAACUCAAAGAAACAAUUGAUUGUAAAGUGGAAGAAGAUAAAGAGAAAAUCAAAGAAAAGAUAGAAGAUUUGAAGGAACAUGUUGAAUAUAAAACAGAAGAACUUAAGGGCAAAAUUGCUGAAGACAAGGUGAAGAUUGAAAAGAAAGUUGAGGAGCACAAAGAGAAAAAAGCAGAGGAGAAAGAAGAGAAAGAGUUCGAGAAGAUAAAAAAGCAUGAGAAAGAAACUUGUGAACAAGAGAAGAAGGUAUACAUCGAAGAGGUCGUCGAUGAGGAUUGUGUUGUCGCACCACCACCACAUCCGGUAGUGUCACAUAAAGAAUAUGCCACCGUCGAAGUCGAACAUAAGGAGAAGAAGGGUAUCUUUGAAAAGAUUAAGGAUAAGCUACAUGGACAUCAUCAUUCAAAGAGUGAAGAAAAGAAAGAAAAGGCGCAUUACUGAAAGAAUAAAAAUUUCCUAAUUUAUUUGUUUGGUUUGGUGUUGAUGAUUAUUUUUCAAUUUUAUUGUGUUUGUUAUUUUGCAUUUUGAUUCUAGUAAAUUUUUAUGUACUUAGAUAUAAUAUUUGUGCAUGAUUCAUGAAGAGUAUUGUUUGUGUUUUAUGUCAAGUUCGCAUAAUUGUAUUAUUGUGUAAAGUCUGUUAAGUUUGUACACUGAAUAAAUUUUGCUCUUUUUUUUUA